CGGCGAUGGUGGCGCUAACGGCUUUGUUUCUCUCCAGCGCCUGAAGCCCGGGCCUCCCUAGCCUUGCCCGGCUGCCAUCGGUGGAGACAUGACCGCGGAGCCCGCCAGUGAAAGCAAGUUGAACACCUUGGUGCAGAAGCUUCAUGACUUUUUGGCUCACUCAUCUGAAGAAUCUGAGGAUGCAAAUUCUCCUCCAAGAGUAUUGGUGAGCAAAGAUACAGAUCAAGUUAAUAUGCCUGGAAAUAUUCCAACUCCAACAGAAAACAGCAGGGAAGAGGGUAGUAGCUCUUCUGAAAAAUCGAAAUCAUUAGGAUCAUCACGUUCUAAAAGGAAACCUACAGUUGUAACAAAAUAUGUCGGCUCAGAUGAUGAGCAACCCGUAGAUGAAACGCUGAAUCAAGAUGUUUCCAAUGAAAACUCAGAAAAUGAUGUUGAUAUGAAAAGCUUGCCUAAAGGUACAGUAGUAGUACAGCCAGAGCCAGUGCUUAAUGAAGACAAAGAUGAUUUUAAAGGACCUGAAUUUAGAAACAGAAAUACUUCUAGAGUGAAACCUGAAAUUCCAAAAAAACGUGGAGAGGAAGGGCUGCAUGGUAUUGUGAGCUGUACAGCUUGCGGGCAGCAAGUGAACCAUUUCCAGAAAGAUUCAAUCUACAGACAUCCCGCAUUGAGCGUACUUAUUUGUAAGACUUGCUUCAAAUAUUAUAUGAGUGAUGACAUCAGCCGUGAUUCAGAUGGAAUGGAUGAACAGUGUAGAUGGUGUGCUGAAGGUGGAAACUUAAUUUGCUGCGACUUUUGCCAUAACGCUUUCUGCAAGAAGUGCAUAUUGCGCAACUUGGGUCGAAAGGAGCUGUCUACCAUCAUGGAUGAGAAUAACCAGUGGCACUGCUAUAUUUGCCAUCCGGAACCAUUGCUGGACCUGGUUACUGCCUGUGAUAGUGUGUUUGAAAAUUUAGAACAAUUACUGCAGCAAAAUAAAAAGAGAAUCAGAGUUGAGAAUGACAAAAACAAAAUGUAUGACAAUACACUUAAAUAUUCCUCAAAGAAAAAUAGCUGUAAUGGAGAAGAAAAGAAAUUAGGUCAUUCAUAUUCUGGUGCUCUAACGUAUUCCUACAAAGCAUUAAUGGUGCCAAAAGACUUGCUUAAAAAAACAAAAAAACUGGUUGAAACAACAACAAAUAUGAACACUAGCUUUGUAAAUUUUUUGAAGGAGGCAUGUGAAAACUCUGAAAUAAACUCAAAAGUACGCUUACGUCAGCUGAAGGCAUUUAAAUCUGUGUUGAGUGACAUCAAAAAGUCUCAUUUGGCAUUAGAGGAAAGUUUGAAUUUGGAGAUCCAAGCUCUGGAUGCUAAAUUUCUGCAAAGAAACUCCAAAGAGAAAGAAACUAACAUUAAAGCAGAAUAUAAUGAAGUAAAGAAAACUGAAGAAAAGGAACUCAAAGAGCAUAAAGUUACACUGGAGAUCAGUGAGCAUACGAAUCAGAGUGUACCCGUAAUCGAACAAACAGUCAGCAGAAAAGCUGGCUGCAAAGAUAAAAAGUUGGGGAAAGCUGAAGAGCUUCAGUAUGAACCCCAUAAUGCUGAGGCAACAGAUAUGGACAUUGUGUCUGUUCCCUCAUCUGUUCCUGAAGAUAUUUUUGAAUCUUGUAUGGAAGCACAGAAAGCAGCAGGUGCAACAGAUCAAGGGACAACAAAUUCAUUUAUAAAAUCUAACCCUACUACUAAGGACAGUAAGGGGGGGAAGAAGUUGAUGCAGUCUACCAAAGUAACUAAAGAGUUGGUUGUAAAACUGACACCAGUUUCCCUUUCCAGUUCUCCUAUGAAAGCUGAAGAUCCAGAUGGAAAGCCAGGAAAAGGUGUUAAGAAAGAAAGUGGAAAAGAAAAUUCUAAUAGCAGUACUGAAUGUCCACCAGAAAGUGAAAUAGUUUCUUUGGUAGAAGAUCCUGAUCUCAGGCGGUCUCCACGUGUGAAGACAACGCCUCUGAGGCGGCCAGCAGACAUUAGCACACUGACCUCUAAUUCAGAAGAGGACAGCAAUGACACUCGCCAUGGAAAACACAGAAGAAAACCAACAAAGCCCAAAAGUGAAAAAGAUGGACUGAGUUCUCCUGAUAGUACUGUACUUUCGGAUUCAAAGAAAUUAGACAGAGUGGACCAAAGUUCUGAUUCUGAUGAGGUGCCUGCUGUCCUCCAAGAAGUAGCCAUGAUGAGCCAUAGUUCUUCAGAUGUUGACAGCAGUGGUGAAGUACCCAAUGAUGUCUUAAAUGACCUACAGAGGCAACCAGUGAAAGAAGAUAAUGGAAAGCGAAAAAGAAAAAGUUCCAGUUCUGGGUCAGAAUUUGAUGCCAAAAGAGGAAAGUCAAGUAAAGUUUCUGCUAAAAAGAAACGUCAGAACUGUUCAGAUUCUUCCAAUUACGAUUCUGAGGUGGUAGAGGGCUUAAAUAAAAUUGAAUCAACAAAGAAAGCUAUAAAAAAAGACCCAAAGAGAGACAAUUACGAGUCUUCAGAAGAGGAAUCAAGUAAAAAAGGGAAAGGGCAUUCACAGCAGCAAGAAGGUGGAUCAUGCAAUGAAGUUGAUGAUGACGAACUGUCCGCUCCAGAUGAAGGCCGACUAAGUAAUUCUUUAGAAGAGGCAUCUUGUAAGGAGACAACUGUUAAGGAAAAGCAAACAAAGGAUUUCAAAGACAGCUCCUCUAAAAGCAAACAGGAUACCUCAUCUGAAAAAUUAGGAAGUAACAUUUCAGAAGACACAAGCAAAUGUUUGGCAGAGGAAGGACUGGAUUCAUCUUCAGAUGAUAACGGGCAGUCUCCCAAGCGAGAACAAAGAAAUGAAUCUUCAGAUGAUGCUAGAAAGAAGGCUAAAAAAGGCACAAAAGAGAAGAAAAGUGUGACCCUGGGAGAAACCUCUGCAAAAGGGCAAACUGGUUCCUCUUCUGAAGUUGACAAGUCUUCUCCUGAUAAAGAGAGCUGCAGUGCUUCAGGAGGUAACAGUAAGAAGCAAAGUGCUGUUGAAGGAAAAACAAGGCGGAACCUGAGAGAGAGAACAUCUAAGAAACUUCGGAGCAAUUUUGCAGACACUAAGAAAGAAUUGGCCAUUGAUACUUCAGAUGAUGAUAAUUUAAAUAAAAAAGGAAAUGGUGCUAAGGAAAAGAAAAAAGCAAGUUCCAAAAGAAAAAAUUCAACAAAAGUGAGCAGUGACUUAGUGUCCUCUUCUGAUGAAGAGUUCUGUGAGGAGAAAAAGAAGAAAAAAAGAGGGGCACCCAUUAAGGGAAAGAAAAAAAGUAAUCCUAAUGAGAGAGGAAGAAUUGAUACUAAAAAAACAAAAGAUGAACCCACCAGCAGCAGCAGCACAUCAUCCUCAUCAAAUGAGGCUGAAAACGACCACGUAAACUCAGUAGGCGAGGGAAGCAGCGAUGAGCAGAAAAUUAAGCCAGUGACAGAAAGCUUGUUGGUGGCUACGAAAAUAGGAUUCUGUCAGUCUUCAGGAGAUGAAGGAGAGAAUAAAUCAGGGACUGCGCCAAUGGAAGAGGAGGAAGAUGAUGACGAUGAUCCUGAGAAUAGAAUUGCCAAGAAAAUGCUUUUAGAAGAAAUCAAAGCCAAUCUUUCCUCUGAGGAAGAUGUUUCUUCUGAUGAAGAGUCUGAGGAUGGGAAAAAGAAGACAGGAAAGCCAAGUGAAAACCAGGGUGUCAAUGCAGAAGAGAAUGAACAGGAAGAUGUCUCUAGCUCUGAUUCAGAUGUAAAAGAGGCUAAGAAAUCUAAAUACAGACACAGAUUACUGAGACAUAAAUUGACAAUGAGUGAUGGAGAAUCUGAGGAAGAGAAAAAGGGAAAAUCUAAAGAGGCAAAAGAAGUGAAACGCAGAAAUAGAAGAAAAGUGAGCAGUGAGGAUUCGGACAAUUCAGAAGCAAACGAAUCUGGAGUCAGCGAAGAAAUCAGUGAAUCAGAAGAUGACCAGCGUCCUAGAACAAGAUCUGCCAAGAAAGCAGAGUUAGAAGAAAAUCAGCGGAGUUAUAAGCAGAAAAAGAAAAGACGGCGCAUAAAGGUCCAGGACGAUUCAUCCAGUGACAAUAACAAGAGUAAUUCUGAGGAUGAAGAUAAUGAUGAGGAGGAUGAUGAUGAUGAUGAUUCAAAGUCUCCUGGGAAAGGCAGGAAAAAAAUACGGAAGAUUAUAAAAGACGAUAAGCUCAGAACAGAAACGCAAAAUGCAUUAAAAGAAGAAGAGGAGAGAAGACGACGGAUUGCAGAAAGGGAGCGUGAGAGAGAAAAGCUAAGAGAAGUGAUAGAACUAACAGAUGCACCACUGAAAUGUCCAAUUACAACAAAGUUGGUUUUAGAUGAAGAUGAAGAAACCAAAGAACCCAUAGUACAAGUUCACAGAAAAAUUGUUACAAAACUGAAGCCACAUCAAGUAGAUGGUGUUCAGUUUAUGUGGGAUUGCUGCUGUGAAUCUGUGAGGAAAACAAAGAAGUCAGCAGGUUCUGGAUGCAUUCUUGCCCACUGUAUGGGCUUGGGAAAGACACUGCAGGUAGUCAGUUUUCUUCAUACUGUUCUGUUGUGUGACAAACUGGAUUUUAGCACAGCUCUCGUUGUUUGUCCACUGAACACGGCCCUGAACUGGGUGAAUGAGUUUGAGAAAUGGCAAGAAGGCUUAGAAGAUAAUGAGAAGCUAGAGGUCUCUGAGCUGGCAACAGUAAAACGCCCUCAAGAAAGAAGCUACAUGCUGCAAAGGUGGCAGGAUGAAGGGGGUGUCAUGAUCAUAGGCUAUGAGAUGUAUCGUAACCUUGCUCAGGGGAGGAAUGUGAAAAGCAGAAAACUGAAAGAAAUAUUUAUCAAAGCACUCGUUGAUCCUGGUCCUGAUUUUGUUAUAUGUGAUGAAGGACACAUCUUAAAAAAUGAAGCAUCUGCUGUUUCUAAAGCUAUGAAUUCUAUAAAAUCCAGGAGGAGGAUCAUUCUUACGGGAACGCCUUUGCAAAACAACCUCAUAGAAUAUCAUUGUAUGGUUAACUUUAUCAAAGAGAAUUUGCUUGGGUCAGUUAAGGAGUUUCGAAAUCGAUUUAUAAAUCCAAUCCAAAAUGGUCAGUGUGCAGACUCUACCAUGGCAGAUGUCAGGGUGAUGAAAAAGCGGGCCCACAUCUUGUAUGAAAUGUUAGCUGGAUGUGUUCAGAGAAAAGACUAUACAGCGUUAACAAAAUUCCUGCCACCCAAAUACGAGUAUGUUCUAGCUGUUAGAAUGACGCCUCUUCAGUGUAAACUGUAUCAGUUCUACUUGGAUCAUUUAACAGGUGUCAGCAGCAGCACAGAAGGUGGGAGAGGCAAAGCUGGAGCUAAACUCUUCCAGGAUUUCCAGAUGUUAAGCAGGAUUUGGACUCAUCCUUGGUGCUUGCAGCUGGACUAUAUUAGCAAAGAAAAUAAGGGCUAUUUUGAUGAAGACAGUCUUGAUGAGUUCAUAGCAUCUGAUUCUGAGGAAACAUCAGUAAGCUUAAGCUCUGAUGAGUAUACCAAGAAGAAAAAGUCCAAGGGGAAAAAAUCAAAGAAAGAUAGUAGCUCAGGUGAAAGUGGCAGUGAUAAUGAUGUUGAAGUGAUUAAAGUCUGGAAUUCAAGAUCUCGCGGAGGUGGGGAAGGAAUUGUAGAAGAACCGAUAAGCAAUCCUCCAGGCACGGAAAAAGUGGAAGAAGGUAGGACCACUUCCACGUCCAACCCAGGCAGCCCAGCGCCAGACUGGUACAAAGAUUUUGUCACCGAAGCUGAUGCUGAAGUGUUAGAGCAUUCUGGGAAGAUGGUGCUUCUCUUUGAAAUCCUUCGCAUGGCUGAGGAGCUGGGGAAUAAAGUCUUAGUAUUCAGUCAGUCUCUGAUAUCACUGGAUUUGAUAGAAGAUUUUUUGGAGCUGGUGAAUCAGCAGAGAGAAGAAGGCAAACCUGUGAUAUAUAAAGGUGAAGGAAAGUGGUUCAGAAAUAUUGAUUAUUAUCGUUUAGAUGGCUCUACCACAGCUCAGUCGAGAAAAAAAUGGGCUGAAGAAUUUAAUGAUGAAACAAAUGUCAGAGGCCGCUUGUUUAUUAUCUCAACUAAAGCAGGAUCCCUUGGAAUAAAUCUGGUAGCUGCUAAUCGAGUAAUUAUUUUUGAUGCCUCUUGGAAUCCAUCAUAUGAUAUCCAGAGUAUCUUCAGAGUUUAUCGUUUUGGGCAAAUCAAACCAGUGUUUGUGUACCGGUUCUUGGCUCAGGGAACAAUGGAAGACAAGAUCUACGACCGUCAAGUAACUAAGCAGUCACUGUCUUUCCGAGUUGUGGAUCAGCAGCAGGUUGAACGUCACUUUACCAUGAAUGAACUCACGGAGCUCUAUACUUUUGAGCCAGAUUUAUUGGAUGAUCCUAAUUCAGAGAAGAAGAAGAAAAGGGACACACCCAUGUUGCCCAAAGACCCAAUUUUAGCCGAAUUGCUUCAGAUACAUAAAGAACACAUAGUAGGCUAUCAUGAGCAUGAUUCCCUUCUGGACCACAAAGAGGAAGAAGAAUUGACUGAAGAGGAGCGGAAGGCAGCUUGGGCAGAAUAUGAAGCAGAAAAGAAGGGGCUAACUAUGCGUUUCAACAUGCCAGUUGGAGCAAAUAUGUUCCAGACCAACCUGAAUUCUCAAACCCCAUAUAUCCCUUUCAAUGUGGCUGCCUUGUCUGCAAUGAGCAAUCAGCAGCUGGAAGACCUCAUUAAUCAAGGCAGAGAGAAAGUUGUGGAAGCCACAAACAACGUCACUGGGGCAAGAAUCCAGCCUCUUGAAGACAUAAUUUCUGCAAUAUGGAAGGAAAACCUCACCCUCACGGAGACUCAGGUGCAGUCCUUAGCCCUCAGCCGACAGGCAAGCCAGGAGUUCGAUGUGAAGCGCCGGGAAGCCAUCUACAACGAUGUCCUGACCAAGCAACAGAUGUUGAUCAGUUGCGUUCAGCGGAUUCUGAUGACCAGAAGACUCCAGCAGUACAAUCAGCAGCAGCAGCAGCAGUUGACUUUCCAGCAAGCAGCCAUGAGUCAUCUGAUGAUGCCAAAACCGCCGGGCUUAGUGAUGAACCCUUCCGGCUUCCAGCAGAUAGAUAUGAGAGGAAUGUACCAGUCCAUGGCCGGCACAAUGCACCCGCCCCCUCUCCAGCGAGCGCCUUCCCCCAUGAGUGGCAAAACGCCAGGACCGUCCCAAGGGAAAUCAAUGUGAUUUUGCACUAAGCGUUCAAAGGAUUGUUAAAAUCAGAGAGAAGGAAAGAGAGAGAAGGGGUUUUUUUUAUUUUUUUAGGAAUCAAUGGCUUAACAGAACUCAACUGUAUAAAUAGUUUGAAUGAUUUCCCUCCCCACCCUUUAGUUACAACCUUCUGUUUUAGUGUUUUCCAUUUUAUUUUGGUAAGUCUGGAAGUUUCCCCCAAUACUCGCCAGCAGUGUUGCCUAGAAUCUUCUUACGUGUGUUGAGUACAGGAGAUAUCCAGUUGUUUUCAAUGAAAACAGGUCCUUCCAUAACACUAGGGGCUGCACAGAUUUCCUGUCUAAACUCCUAUGCUUGCUGUUAGUAUCCAUUAAAGCGGCCGUCAAACAGGAGAAGCUUAGGGAAGUUACACAGAUCUGUAUAUUUUGGUAGUCACACACAUAUGUACACAGCUGAGUUCUUGGUUAAAGUUGAUUCCUCAAAUUAUGGAUUUUUAAAAAAUAUAUCCCACUUUUUGAAGGAAUAAGUGAGACAGAAUUGACACUGGUGUUUAUUCUAUUCUAUCAUCUGCAUUGGAAGAACAGAACGCAGGGACUGCAAACGCUCUUGAGAGUGAUCUGAGUGCAAUAUGCUUAAAUACGGCUCUGAAAGGUUUGGGCCCUGCAGUUUUCCGGAAACUGUGUCUGCAGCCUUAAGUCCUGGCUUGAGAGGGUGACGUUUUCUUCUCCAGCCUUCUGCCACUUCUUAUUUCAUCUUUUGUGAUGGAAUAAUCUCCAAGAACUUUUAACACUUGCAGGUUGGGUCCCUUACUCAUCUAUUUUGUCCUGUGCCGAUUCUGAUGCGAAGCACAUUUGUGUUAACUCCUUUAUACUGGUGCUAGCAUCUCAUCCUGUUGCUGGCAGUAGGAUGGGGGGCUAAAAGAAAGGAAUUUCUGGUACUGGCAGUGGGUGCAAAGAUGGUGGCAGUGAAUAGGAUGAGGCCCACUGUCAAAAAGCUUUGAAAUGCUUUCUCAACUCCCAAAGGAAGGUGUUUGCGAUGCUGCCAGAAUUGUGAAAUAAUCCCUUCUUUUAUAAAUAAUUAUCUCUGGUUACCGUGCUUUUUCCAUCCUUUUUUCGUUCUUUUCAGAAUAAGAAAUCAAGAAAACUUGAUGUCUUUUCUUUUUUCUUCAUCUGUAGAGAAGAAAUGUUCGACGAAUUAUGCUUCCUUAACAGCUACUGUACAACAUUAAAAUGGGAUUGUCAUCCAUUUGCUGUGCUUACGAAGAUCCAAGUUGGCAACACGAGGGAUUUUUCUUGCAUUAGGCUAGUUUAUAUUUCCCAAAUGGACAAUUCUUUUUUUGUUUGUUUGUUUUAAUGUGGGCAUAAAGUUAAAUGACAGGGGCACACAUGCGUCGUAGGAGUACAGUGACAGGGUGGGAACCGAGAGAACCCAAGGAGGCUGGACGGAGGGGGUUGUCUCUUAGCUUCACUGAAAGGAGCCAGAGUGCUGAUGGGUGGGGCAAGGUUGUGGAGGUCUUAAAUAAUUCUUGAGCUGGUGCCUAGUCUUGUCCUGGCUAGAUGAGUCGCUCAGCAUCCAGGCCUGCUAACUAUGAGGGAGGCGGGGGCUCUUCCUGUGAUGAGAUGAGGGAAGGGGGGGGGACCCUGCCUGCCUACUCUGCCCAGCAGUGUGAUCCAGGCCAUUCCUUUAAUGGGAUGGGGAGAGGAAAGCCCCAAAAGCUGCCUUUGCUUCAGAAGGAAUUAAGGCAAAUGCUUGGAGACAAAUGUGGCUGUCCACAGCGUUCCUGUGUUCUCUGAGUAAUACCUACACUUAUCAGUUAGACCUGGAAGUUUUCAAGUGGCAUUUUUACAACAACUUGAGAGACAUAAAUGUGGAAGUUUUAGGCAACUCUUUGAAGGCACAUUUUUCACCACGGACGACAAAAAAAAGACAGCAUAUGUAACAGCGUCUCAGAGACAAGAAGUAGUAAAAACUUGGACCACUUUUGCAUAUAUAUUUUUCACUCGCCAUUAUAGCUGCAUAAUAUGUGCUUUUGAGUAUAACAUCAAGCUUUAACCAAUAUUUAAAGACAGAAAUUGAAAUCAAUAAGCUCAUUUU